AUACAGACCGACACUUUGGGAUUUGUCACGACCUGACCGCCAUACUUCACUCUCGAAACUCCAUUGAUCCUCUAGCACACACCUCCAGCCACCAGCCCAGAAUAUAUACUUACGAACUUCAGUACAGAGGAGAGCACUCCUUAGUCGACUUAUAUAACAUGACCGUCGGAAAACACUGGGUGACCCACGCAGACGAACUACCCUACCUCUUCCCCUCGGGACGGUUUGAGCUCACUCGCGCUCCUGACCUUGCCCUCGGAGAUCUCUUCACUAAACUCUGGACCAACUUCGCCGAUACUGGGAACCCAACGCCAGACUCAUCUUUGGGUUUCAUCUUGGAACCUACCACAGAAGCUCACCUGCAGCACCUGGUCCUGUCUCCUUCACCUUUCAUGCAGAACGACACCAGACGUCAGGAGAGAGAGUUUCUGACGUCACUUUCCACGCGUCAGUACCGUCUACUGCUGGGAGAGGACAUCCCUUUAGACAAGGUGGCCUACUCACUCGUGCAGGAGGAACAAGCAACACUCUCAACAACCGCUGCCAAUACAUUCAAAUCCCUGAAGUUCUGGUGAAGGGAAGGAAGCGUGGAGAAUUGGAGAUGGUUAAUGACAUUUUAUUCAUUAGGGAAAUUGUCUUUUUACAAAGGCUUCUAUAACCAGCUCAGUGGCUACGUAACCUCUAACUGGUGAUACCAUACGCCACAAGCUGUUCUUAGUUUAAUAGCCUUGUUAUGCACCCAUACCCUUCCUGUGGAUGAUAGUUAAAUGAUUACAGAGACGCAUAAUGGGUCCAGGGGCUGAACCCUAUUUUUUUGAUAACUAAACAAGUUAGAGUGGUAAUGAACUAUCUACAUGUUCAUAUCUGGUUACAGUCGCAAUGUUAGUUUUUUUAUACAGAUAUGAAUUAAGUAAAAAAAAAUAUUACAGUAUGUGGUACUGAAUUAUAUUUUUAUUUAUAUUUUAGCAAGAUAUGGUUGAAUUUAAACAAGAUUAAGUGGUUACUAGUUAUUUACAGUAGGAAAAAAAUACCAAGUCAGGGUAUUUUUCCAGGAUGGACUUUGCUCAUUGUAAAUAACUCAAAACAGCUCCUGCACGGUGUUCCCGUGCUGGGUAUCCCUUACUAUUUAUAAAAUUUAACGAAUCAUCGCAAAUGUUUAAGAAGUGUCGAAAUAUUUUAUCCACAGUAGCCUAUUACCAUUCUGGAAAAAUACUUUGAUUUUUGCGUAUUGUAAAUAAAACAGUAUGAAUAACUUAAAACUACACACAAACUACAUUGUAAUCUUUUGCGGCUGAAUUCAUGUCUGUAUUAAAACUGCAGUCAGUCCAAUAACGUAUAAGUAGUUAAUUACCACUGUAACUUAGUUAUCAUUACAUGGGUGUCCAGUCCCUGGGCCCAUCAUGUGCCUCAAAUGUCUGUCUUCCGGCUACAUGAUCAGUACGGGGCGUGUGAUAAAACUAUUAAACUAACAAACGUUACGUCUUGUACAAACCUUUAGGUAUAUGUUGACUGGAGUUAUUUAUAUUAUGGACUUUACCUUAGUACAGUAUAGUGUAGUCAUAAAAUACAUUUCAGAAUAAUUAUACUUAAAGCGUAUAAAAGUCACACUGCACAAUCUUAACCACUUGUACAGAAAUGUUAAAGAGAAAUGUAAUUCUUCUUCAGUACGAUACCCAUUCCAGUAGGUUUUCUGACUGACGACAUAACACAGAUCUGUCUCACCUGUAUUUCGUAUUUUUGUCCGAGUGUUUCUUGUAAACUCCCCCGAGGCCUGUGACCAGGUCACGGGGGCGUUGAUCCCCGAAAUCCUCUCCAGGUAUACGUUAUGUGAUAAAUAAUACAAUACAUGGAUAUCAAUUAUCAAUGGCGUGAAUCUGGAGCCACUUGAUAUUCAUUACACGCAUAAUUCUAUGUAUAAUCACAUUUAUGUUCAAUGCAUUAUUAUUGCAGUUUAUGUGUAUCACCAUUAUAC